UGCCUUUCGUGUAUCCUCAUAUUUUCCACGCUGGCAAAUUUUGGGACUCAUUGGACAAGGUGGGAUCGCGAACGUGACUGUCUCGUCACGAGGGUGAUUUUUUGUUUGGAGUGCUUGAACGGCAAGAGUGCAGCCGAGACGCCUCUCCGAAGCGUAGGAAUGGCCCGCUAAACGCACGGUCCCUAAAAAUGCAAACAAGCCCAGAAAAAGUGCCGGAACCGACACGGCUGCGAGGUCCGAACGGAUUUUCGUAACCGAAGGAACUGAGCUACGAAACCGCCAUCAGAGCUUCGCCCACGGUGUAGUGUGGUCAUUAAAUGCGCCCAG